AUGGCCAACUACAGCGCCAACCAGUAUGAAAAAGCUUUCUCACCCAAGUACUUGCAGAACUGGUCUCCGGCCAAGCCAACCAAGGAGCGCAUCCCAGCCCACGAAGGCUACACCCAGGUCAUCGCCAACGACCGUGGUCACCUGCUGCCUUCAGUGCCCCGUUCCAAGGCAAGUCCUUGGGGUUCCUUCGUGGGCACCUGGCAGAUGCCUCUGAAGAUUCCCCCUGCUCGGGUGUCUCUGACGUCCCGUUCCGCUGCCGCCGCCGCCUCCCUCACCACAUGGAUACAGAAGGAUCCCGCCUUCCUCAAGGCCUCCAACGGGCUGUGUCCAGAAAUCCUGGGCAAGCCCGGGGACCCAGACAGUCGGAAGCAACCCCCGAACUCUGGAAAACAACCAUCAAGUCCAGCCCCAAGCCCCAGCUCCCCAGCCUCGAACCCGGGCUCCCCAACCCCAGCCCAGAGCGAGCACCCCUCUGCAGGCCACACCCCAGGCCCCCCAGGCCCAGCCUCUCCUGCGAGCCCCUGUACCUCCCACACUGGCAGGUGCUAGUCCAGCCAGGGCCCCAAGAUGCCAACACGAGACUGCCGGAAGGAUGUCCCAAGGAAACCUUUCUAGGGACAGAGUGAAGGAAUAAGCAAGACCCCAGUCAGGGGAAUUAUGGGA